GAGCCCUUCUCUGUCAACAACACGUCGGGAUUCCUUCUUCCUCUUUUCCUCUUUUUCACCUUCUUCUUCUUCUACCCUCAUCCUCCAAACACUUACCGUCUCUCUAAGUAUUCCUUGUCUUGAACACUCCCUUUGAUAAUCCAAACCUUUCCACACGUACAUACCACCUGCUGCAGAGGACCGACACCAUGUUCUCGGUUCUCUUCCUCUAUUUGCAGCUUUUGCUGUUCAAAAUGUUGUACUACGUUAGAGGCCAUGACAAGAACCUCAUCACCAAGUCCGCCGCUUUUGCUCACUUGCCUGAGCCAAACAUGAAGCUCGAGGCUCCUGAGUGCGGGCUGCCCGGAUGUAGCCUCCUCGACCAUCACACCUACCUUGACGUUGAGAAGGGAGGCAGAUUUCCCAACCUCCGAUGGACUAUGCCUCGCUGCGGAGAAGCCAGAGAGUUCGUACUGAUUUGCGAAGAUCCCGACGUCCCCAUCCCGUCUAUGGUCUUCGUUCACGGUCUUUUCUUCGAGAUUCCACCCACUUGCUUCGUUGCCUACGAUGAUGACGUUAACAUGAAUCCCAACAUGCCUGGCCGCAUCACCUUCGCUGGUUGGAGAUACGUUCCUAACCUUCUUGGGUCGUCUUACAUCGGUGCCUCACCCCCCUACGGCCACGGUUAUCAUCGCUACAUUUUCACCAUCGUCGCGCUGAGCGAGCCCCUUGACAUUGCCCAGCCAGACAAGGCCACUGUUUCAGUUAUUAAGGAGGCCAUGGCUGGCAAAGUCAUCGGAUGGGGUGAAUGGUUAGGCACCUAUCAGCGCACUAUGCCUCGCUAACUUGCGUAUCUGCUCCUUCGCCAAUUCUUCUCGGUUCGUCUCUUUAUGCGAGUACCUACUUUCGACACGUCUUUGGUUCACGUCUAGGAAGGAUUACAGACAGCUCGUUGGGAUGACAUCUGGACAGAAUGUGGUGAAUUGAUUGACCUU